AUGAAGAAACAUACCGAGGCUGGUUCCACCAUCCCAGCUGAAGCUGCCGAUGCUUCCGCCACCAUCAUAUCCGAUUCCAGAGACUUAAGCAAGCAAUACCACACUGCAACAUGGAUGGACGCUUUGAGAGAAAGAUCCAAGCAGUUGGCUGAAGGAAAGGUUCUUGAUUCCUUCUCAUACAUUGAUCCCAAGACAACCGAGGUGGGUGAAAAAACCAGAGCCGACUCAUUUUCCUUCCUUGUUUUGCCUUUCAAGGAUGACAAGUGGCUCUGUGACACAUACAUCAACGCGUUUGGCCGUUUGAGAAUGGGUCAAUUGUUUCAGGACUUGGAUGCCUUGGCAGGCAGAAUCGCUUAUAGACAUUGUUCGCCAGCUGAACCUGUCAAUGUCACCGCAUCUGUUGACAGAAUUUACAUGGUCAAGAAGGUUGAUGAGAUCCAGAAUUACAAUUUCGUUCUUGCCGGCACCGUGACUUGGACUGGUAAGUCUUCGAUGGAGAUUACGGUGAAGGGUUACUCUUUUGAAGGAUCUGUUCCUGAAAAUAUCGAUGUCAACUCCUUGCCAAAUAAAAACGUCUUUUUGACGGCCAAUUUCACAUUUGUCGCCCGUAACCCAAUGACCCACAAGUCUUUUGCUAUCAACAGACUACUUCCUGUCAGCGAGAAGGAGUGGUUGGACUACAGAAGAGCCGAGUCUUUCAACGCAAGGAAGAAGUUGGCAGCCAAGAACCAGGGUGUUGUUCAGCCAACUGAUGAAGAGAAUAGACUUGUUCAUGACAUGUGGAAUGCCUCCAAAAACUUGACUCCUGAGUUCACCAAGCAUGUCCAGUUCAUGAAGGACACCACCGUUUCUUCCACCCUAAUUAUGCAACCACAGUACAGAAACAGACAUUCCUACAUGAUCUUUGGUGGCUAUUUAUUGAGACAAUCUUUCGAGUUGGCUUACUGUGCUGCUACAGCAUUCUCAAGUGCUAAUGCCAGAUUCGUCUCGUUGGACUCCACUACUUUUAAAGCACCCGUUCCUGUCGGCUCGGUUCUUUCAAUGACAUCUACAGUGGUUUACACUGAGCAUCUUCAUAAAAAGCAGGUCGAGAAGGGCAAACACUCGCCUCUCGACUUACCUGCUACCAACCAGAUCUCAUCCAACCCUGAUGCGUUCUUGUCUGAACCAGGCACCCUAAUUCAGGUAAAGGUUGACACCAAGAUCAAGGACUUGGCUUCUCCUGAAUUCACGGAAUCAGGAUGCUUCAUUUACUCCUUCUUCGUGCCAGCCAAGAGCUACAAAUCAGAUGAACCCGGAUACUCUUCUGUCAUUCCACAAACUUACUCUGAGAUGAUGGAGUACAUUGAGGCCAGAAGAAGAGCUCAAGAUACUGCGCUUUAUGUCUCUACUUUGCCCAAGCCAAAGCUUUAA